AUGCAGUGGGCUACUCUUGCUGCCGCCGCGACGGCACUCCUCGUCGAGCAGGCUGCUGCUCAAGGCAACAUGCUUCGGUUCGCAUGCUCACAGUUGGUCGUUGAGCGGACAGAUCCCCUCGUCAACCCUGGCAUGAAGUACACUCCCCAUCUUCACCAGAUUGUCGGCGGUGACGCUUUCAACGUCACCAUGGACCCGUCCCAGGAUAUCGCUCAGCUCUCCAAGUGCACAUCCUGCAGCUUCGUUCAGGACAAGUCCAACUACUGGACCGCCGUCAUGUUCUUCAAGCACAAGAACGGCAGCUACAUCCGCGUGCCACAGGUCGGAAACGGUGGACCUCAGGGCAAACUCAUCAACGAUGGCGGUCUUGAUAUCUACUAUAUCCCCAGCGGCAAAGUGACGGCCUUCAAGAAGGGAUUCCGUAUGCUUGCAGGUAACGCCGGUAACACCGAUCCCAGCAAGGUCGUCAAGUCUCGCAUCUGCCAUCGCUGCUGGACCAGCAGCAACGAGGACAAGUUCGUCGGUGGCGCUCCUUGCGACAACUCCGACACCGUCGACAUCCCUGCGGACCCCAAGUGCAAGAUGAUCCGCCAGACCAUCAUUUUCCCUACCUGCUGGGACGGCAAGAACCUCGAUUCUCCCGACCACCAGUCCCACAUGGCCUACGGCCAAGGCAGCGGUGCCAACGGUGGCGGCUCCUGCCCUUCGACUCACCCCGUCAAGGUCCCGCAAAUUAUGUACGAGCUUAUGUGGAACGUGACAAACUUCGCGGAUAAGAACAUGUGGCCCACUGACGGCUCCAAGCCUUUCGUCUACAGCAUGAACAUUGGUGGAUCUGCCGCCCACGGUGACUACGUUUUCGGCUGGGAGGGCGACUCGCUCCAGAAGGCCAUGGACAACGGCUGCAACCUCAACAAUGCUUGCCCCAAGGCCGGCCUCACGACCCAGCAGCCCGCUCAGUACAAUGCCUGCAAGAAGAAGCAGCAAGCCGUCGAGGAUGUCGAUGGAUGGCUCAAGGAGAUGCCCCUCGGCUCCAAGGCCAUCAAGGCAUAG